UCCAUCAAAACGAAAGCAGGAGCGAAAGCAUUACCGGGUGUGAGAGUAGGACGUGAUCGAGAUUAUCCAGCUAAACAUGUCUGCUGAACAUCUGGCCAAGAUUCCUGAAGCUGAUAUCGACCCGAACGGCGUGUUUAAAUACGUGCUCAUAAGAGUUCACAGCAAAACCGACGAGUCGUACGUGGACAUAGUGCGCGGCUACGCGUGGGCCGAGUAUCACGCUGAUAUCUAUGACAAGGUUUCUGGCGAGCUGGAGAGAGCCGGUAAUGUGGACUGCGAGUGUAUAGGAGGCGGCAGGAUCAGACACGACAGCGCUGAUAAAAAGAUCCAUGUCUACGGCUAUUCCAUGGGUUUUGGACGAGCCAAUCACGCCGUCUCUACAGAAAAACUGAAGACGCGGUACCCAGACUAUGAGAUCACAUGGGCAAAUGAAGGCUACUGAUUCAAAGACCAGACAGGGAUUUACCAUAGUGACCUGGCUAUGAACAAUCCUCAGAUUGAAGCUGUUUCUAAAACAACAGCUUGUUCUGUUCUCUGCUUGAGCAGGAUGGGAUUGGACACAUCAGCAUGGGAUGUCUCAGAAGCUGAAAUCAAGGGAUUUCUCCUUAACAGCAGAUGAUGAAUGUUUACACAUUCAGUACCUUAUUAACCCUCUUUAUUUAUAUAUUUGUUCAUUCCAGAACUGCCCAACUUGUGAUUAGAGACUAGACGAUUUGUGAAAUUACACAACACUAAAAGUAUUAAAUGGAAUUAACUGCAAAUGAAAUGUUUCAUGUCAUUAAUAAAUAAUAAUCCACAAACAUGCCAUAUAACAAUGAGCUUUAAAGGAAGAAAUAAAUUGUGUGUCUUAGAGGUUAUAAGAAAUUUUACUUUUGUAUUCAAUAUACGCUUGGAAAAGCAAAGCCGGGACUUGCUUUAUCUGUGUUUCUGUAUUGUAAAAAUACCUGAAAAGAGAAAAUGCACAAAAUGUCUCAGUGAUAUAAGUCAGGUUCUGGAUAAAGUGUCACAUCUAUUAA